CUGAAUCAGUGAAUGCCAUCGGCUCAAUUUCGGCAUUUAAUAAUGCAACUCCUUGAACUUAGAUUCUCCGUACCAUAAUUACAACCUCCAAAUGGCUCCUCAUAACACAUCUUCGACAGAACAGAAUUUCCGUAACAAUCUCUCUCAAUUUGCCUGGGCCAGAGGCUCUACGAAUGACUUACAACCUUCUCAACAACAACAAUCUCAACCUCGACAGUCUGGUAAUCCUUUCGCUCGGUUUUACAACGCUGUGGCUGGUGACUACAUCCCACUUCGGUCCAACGAAAGAUCAAAUGAAGACGAGGCUUGGCUGGCGCUAUCUAGAUGGGAAAGGUUAUUGGGAUUCGGAGCGUGUCUUCUUGGGGCUGCUGUAUGUUUUUUCGUCGCGUUUAUCACCAUGCUACGACCAUCCAAGUUCGCUUUAUCGUUCAGCUUGGGUAGCUUGCUGGUCAUGAUUGGUUUCUCAGUCCUCAUAGGACCUAUAAAUCAUCUCAAGCAUUUGGUAUCAAAGGAGCGAUUACCAUUUACUUUCAUCUAUUUUUCUAGUCUUGGAGCAACGUUAUAUUUCUCUCUGGGCCUCCACUCUUUCUUCGGGUCUCUCAUAAGUGGGAUAGUACAGAUUGUUGCACUGGUAGCGUACGUUCUCGCGUACUUUCCUGGUGGAACACAAACAUUACGGCUUGGUGGCUCGCUCGCGCUUCGUGGUGCUGGAAAUUUGCUUCCUCGAUGACUACUAUCCCAUAGACUGCGGAAUACAGUAUGUGUAAUAUCAUAACAUUUAUGCUUCGUCCUGCAUUUGUGAAGUUCAAGCAGCAAUCGUCAGGAUUAUCAGUUACAUGA